AUGUCCUUCCAAUAUCUAGCAACGGAGCUUCUGCUCCACAUAUUUCGCUCAUGCGAUACUAUCUCAGACGUUCUAAGCCUAGCAGCAACAUCCCGCCGGUUUUGCGAUGUCUUCAAUCGAUCGAACAAGCUACCAAUUCUAAUGAACGUUGCGGAGAUGGAGUUCGGCCCUGUCGAUGAUAUCAUCCAGAUUGCGACACAUAACACCAGCCAACCGGCCCAUCUAUUCCGGACCGCGCCUCUCACCGCAUCCCUUCUGGAACAAGUUGUUCGGAUUGGCCGGGCUGCUCAGAAAUGGGAGACAAUAUACCCCGUCAAGAAAUGGAAACUCGACUACGAGAACAGGCGCUCGCUCAGCGACGAGGAGCGCUUCCGCUUGCGCCGCGCUAUAUACCGGCUCUGGCUAUACCAUCGUGCGUUCCAUAGACGCGAGUACGAUCGAUACAGCCGUAGCCUGCGAAAUGUCGUUGUCGAGCGGGCGCAGCUCCUCCACAACUGGACCACAUCCGACCUAGCCGAAAUGGAGGAUAUCCGCUCGGUCAUUGGGGACGUGGUCCAAAACCACAUCUGCCCCAGCAACGGGACAAUUGCGCGAAAGUUCCGGAAGCGCUACCCAGAAAGCAACCACCAGUUAACCUUCAACAUCCACUUAAACUAUCCUAUGACCAACGCGCUCACGCCCUAUGGCUUUGACAAUCCAAACUCUUACCACGGCCAAUACUUCCACUCAACGCAUUCCACUACCUUCAACAACCCCGCCAAAUACCGCUCGCGUUUCCGGAACGAUAUCUUCCACGAGCCUGGCUCGGAGGGUUGGGGAGACGAAAUCCCGCAUUACUAUGUCGUACAGGACAUGAUGAAGCUCGACCCGGGGCAAGUUAUCUGGCUACGGGAGCAUUGCCCGCUGAAGGAGCAGGUUGAGGCAUUCGUGCUCUCGCUUGGGGACUGGUUCCGUGACAAUGGGGAGACGUUUGGCGAGACCCUGGAAUGGGUGAUCAAGGAGAGAGGUGAGGAUAUGGAGGAAUUCCGAACUGCAAUUACGGAGAGGGAAUUGGGGAUUGCGUGGGACUAA